UUUCAUGAAGUAGUUUUAAGGUUAUAAUUGUUUUCAUGGCACAAUCGGGGUAUAAAGCCGUAAUAAAAGAAGGAUUUUUAUGUCCAGUCUGCCACCAAGAUCUACGUUCUCCAAAUGCUUUAUUGGUUCAUUUUCAAGAUUUACAUUCUGAAGAACAGGACCUUCUUACAUCUAUAAAAGAUCUUGUGAGCAAAGCCAAAAAGAAGAUAUUAAAAUCAGAUGAACAGGAAUUGGAAGUAAACAAAUAUAUACCAAAGCAGCAAUAUUUCUUAGAUCCUGCGAACGUUUCUCAAGAAGUUGGUCAUUUUCGUGAUCAUACUGAAUACUUUAAAGAUGUGAGAAGAAAUCGCUUAGAUCACAGGACAACAGAGACUAAUAAGCUUAUAAUUCGACUAGAUAAAUUAAUUCACUUGGAUGGUUCGGCGCGGAAACAAAAUGAACAGGAACUUGUUCAAUGGUUGGAUGGAACAACCGUUACUCGAUGUCCAUCCUGUGCAAGCACUUUUAACAUCACCAGAAGGCAACAUCACUGUAGACUUUGUGGCAGUAUUAUGUGCAACAGUUGCUCCACAUUUUUGCCAUAUGAAAUUGCAAAAUCCAUUGUGACAUCAGUAUAUACAUUAAAUAAAGGAGAUACUACUAUUAAAAAUGAUAUGGAUAGUAUCAGGAUAUGUAAUCAUUGUAUGGGUUUAUUGGAGACAAGAAGAAGAGUUCAAAUCUCUCAAAUAGAAAAGCCUUUAAUUUGUCAGAUGUAUGAACAAUUGCACAAAGUCAAGUGUGAAUUGGAACCUUUGGUUGAUUUGUAUAAAAAGUACUCUUUGAUAGAUGUAUGAUUCAAUAAUGGAUGGAGACUCUAAAUAUUCGCUUCAGGAUGCUCAGUCAUUAAGAGCCUCAAUAGCAAAG